CAUUAUCCUACCCAAACCGUUGUCGCCAUAUUAGCAUAAACCGCAAACAUGGCUGGUGGCAAGCCCAGAGGUCUCAACGCCGCGCGCAAGCUGCGAACCAACCGAAAGGACCAGAAAUGGGCUGAUCUCGCCUACAAGAAGCGUGCUCUGGGCACUGCCUUCAAGUCCUCACCGUUCGGUGGCUCUUCCCACGCCAAGGGCAUCGUUCUCGAGAAAGUUGGUGUCGAAGCCAAGCAGCCCAACUCCGCCAUCCGAAAGUGUGUCCGUGUUCAGCUCAUCAAGAACGGAAAGAAAGUCACUGCUUUCGUCCCCAACGACGGUUGCUUGAACUUCGUUGACGAGAACGACGAAGUCCUGCUCGCUGGAUUCGGUCGCAAGGGCAAGGCCAAGGGUGAUAUUCCCGGUGUUCGAUUCAAGGUCGUCAAGGUUUCCGGUGUCGGUCUGUUGGCUCUGUGGAAGGAGAAGAAGGAGAAGCCCCGAUCAUAAAGGCAGUUACUGGGGGGAAGGAGGCGUCAUCAAAAGGAUCUUGAGGAGCUCUUUUGGCUCGUUUGCACUGGCACCACUAGUCAUGGCCCUAUAAAUGGGAGGCUAAGCUUAUGAAAGGGAUCACACAUCUCGGAAGAAACAAUUUUUUUUUCAGCAUGUUC